UGAAAACAAACGAAAUUUAAUACCAUGAAGUACCUGCUCAGUGUUGUCUUGCUGAUGGCCAUCGGUCUGCAGCAGAUCGAUGCCCACGGCAUGAUGCUCAAUCCCCCAAGUCGCUCCUCUCGCUGGCGUUACGAUGGCAGCGCUCCCCAGAACUGGAAUGACAAUGAACUCUUCUGCGGUGGUUUGAAUACCCAGGCCAACAAUGGAGGACGCUGCGGAUUGUGCGGCGAUAAUUUCCUGGAUGGACAGCCGCGUGCCAAUGAGAUCGGCGGCAAUAUUGGUGGCUAUGGUGUCGUUACCAGAAGCUAUCCCGCUGCCAAUGCCAUCACCGUGAGCGUGAAGAUCACCACCAAUCAUUUGGGCUACUUUCAGUUCCAUUUGUGCAACCUGGAUGCCUUUGGCAAUGAGUCCGAGGAUUGUUUCAAUCAGUAUCCCCUGCGCUUCGCCGAUGGCGGUGAGCAGCUGUACAUUGGCCAGCAGAGCGGAGAGUUCGAUGUGACUGUUGUCCUGCCCCAGGAUCUUACUUGUAAUCACUGUGUGCUCCGCUGGACCUAUGUUGGAGGAAACAACUGGGGUAUCUGCGAUAAUGCCGGCAAUGGUGCCUUGGGCUGUGGACCCCAGGAGACAUUCAAGAAUUGCGCCGAUGUGAGCAUCAAUUGGGGCCGUAACAUCGUCAAGGAGCUGGCUGACUCCGAUGUGGAUGUCGUUGUGCCCCUUGAGGUGGCCUAAGCACGCACUCCACACCCACAACACACGAAAAACGAACUGCCAUUCAAGUCUAAAAGUGUCAAACGCCAAAAAGACUGCCAAAGUCAAAUAAAGAACUGAAC